GCUUUGUCAUAUUCCGAAACCUCGCUUGACGUUUACUUACCUUUUUUGUACAAAACAUUAGGGCUAGAUAUACCAUACCAACUGUUUGGAAUAUUCGUCGCCAUUCAGCCUAAAUAUUUGACUGAACAUUAUUAUCUACCGUCCGAUAGUUGA